AUGGGAAUAACUAAGGAUUAUUUACGAUAUGAACAUGGAGGUUCAUGUUCCGUCCUAGGUUCAUCCAAUGGAGCUAUUAUCGCCGUCGAUAAUACUACUUGCGCUGUCACAGCUUGUGAGAAUGUAGCCUUUUAUAAUCUUAAAACAUCUGAAAAAGUUUUUGAAAUAUCGGAAUCCACCAAAGCUGCUACUUGUUUGAAGUUCAGUCAUGAUAAGAGAUGGCUUGCCGUCGGUUACGCAGAUGGAAAUAUCCGUCUAUUCGACAGACAGGAAGGAGGAGAAAGCAUUAUGUUUUCUGGACACAAGAAGGGAGUCAACUCUUUAGCUUUCAGUCAUGACGGUCUAACACUAGCUUCAGGAGGAAAGGAUUGUACAGUUAUUCUUUGGGACAUCGUCUCUGAAAGCGGAAUGUUCCGACUUAAUGGCCAUAAAGACUCAAUUACUCACCUACAGUUCUCUAAGAACGACAAAUUUUUACUCACAGCUUCAAAAGAUAGUUUUUUGAAGUUCUGGUGCAUUGCUAGUCAGUCCUGCUUCUACACUGUUCUCGACAGUCAUUCUGAGAUAUAUUCUUUUGCUUUAUUAAAUGAUGAUAAGUUAUUAAUUGCUGCGACAUCCGAGUUAGAAUUAUUAGUUUUCCAAAUUAAUUGGAUGGGCGAUGAGAAAAAGGAAGACGAAGAGAAUGAGGCCCCCACAGCCAAGAAAUCCUUGUUAGAUAUCAAAGAAGAUGAUGAAACAGAAGACAUGGAGAACAAAUAUGUCCGCGUUGCUUUGAAAGGAAAACUUCUUCGUCAAUGUAAAGGACGUGCUCUCCAACUUUCUCUCUCAACCGACAACCGCUACUUGUUCUGUUUGGGAUCAGACAAGUUGGUGGAUAUUUAUCGUGUUUUCACCGAGGAAGAAUCAAUAAAACGUUUAUCCAAGAAGCUCAGCGCCGCUAAGAGGAAAGCAACUUCUAAAGAUGAUGUAACCACUUCUCAAGUAAAGAAGGACGUCACAAUCUGGAUAACUCGUGUUGGAGACUAUAGAGGCGAUACGAAAAUCAAAUGGAUCGAUUUCACUCCUAAGUUAACUAAAUCUGAGGGCAACUUAGUAGGAUACGCGGCUUAUGCACUCACGUUCGAUAACAAUGUUGAAAUGCUCAAGUUCGAGGCUGAUAUUUCAUCUAAUACAAUUACUGGCGAAGUUCAAUACAAUCUGGAAAAGCUUGGUCACAGAGAGGAUAUCAGAAGUCUUUCAGUUACUUCAUCAAGCAACGGAAUAGCUUCAGGAGGUGGAAGCGAGUUACUAAUCUGGAACACUCAUUCACUUCGCCCAAUCGCUACACUUACGGAUGAAAGUAUGCGCGAAAUCACUUGUGUUCAAUUUGUUACUGGUGAUAAACAUGUAUUAGCCGGUACCAAGACUGGUUAUUUGCAUCUGUGGAACAUAGGAAGCUGUGAACUUCUAGAAAGCAAGAAGGAACACGAAGGCGCCAUUUGGAGUAUUGUACAGUUACCGGAUAGAACGGGCUUCGUAACCGUUUCGUCUGACAAGAAAGUCAAGUUUUGGACUUAUGAACUCGUGUCUGAAGGAACCAUGAAACGUUUAUCAAUCCGUGAGAAGCAAACACUGGAUGUCAACGAUGAAGCACUUUGUUGCGCUAUUUCUCCAAACGGAAAGUUCCUCGUUGUUGGUUUACUCGAUAACACAUGCAGUGUCUUUUUCCUGGAUACUCUGAAGUUCUUCGUUUCACUUUAUGGACAUUCCUUACCAGUAACUUGUGUUACUAUUUGUCCGGAUAGUAAGCUUGUUGUGACUGGCUCCGCUGACAAAAGCAUCAAGAUCUGGGGUUUGGACUUCGGUGAUUGUCACAAAUCUUUCCAUGCCCAUGAUGAUGUUGUAUCUGCUGUUAUGUUCUCCCCAUCUGAAGAACUUCUUGUGUGGUCCGCAGGAAAAGAUGGAAAGGUUAAGCAAUGGGAUGCAACUAAGCUUCAACGUGUACAAGUUCUCGAUAGACAUCUCGGUCCUGUACGAGCCCUUGCUCAAUCGGAAACUGGAAGUCUUCUGUUUUCUGCUUCUAAUGACAAAUCAAUUCGUUGUUGGGAGUUAACAGAGGAAAUUAUUGUUUUAGAGGAAGAAGAAGAGCUUGAAAGAGAAAAGGAAUACGAAGAGAAGUUGUUGGACGAAGACGAUGUGGUACCAGGUGAAAACAAUGAGGCAGAGGCUGGAUUAGCCACAACUAAAAACGCACAGAGCAUUAUCUCGACUGAAAACAUUUUGGAAGCCGUAGACAUCGCUAGGAGCGAGAAGCUUCUGAUCGAAAACGACCCCACGCAUAAACCACAUCCCUUGUACGAAAGUUACAGAAGCAAAUCUUUAGAUCAUUUCAUUGUUGAUGUGAUAGCAAAAUGCCGUCCCAGUAAUCUAGAAAGAUGUUUGCUCAUGGUACCUCUGAGUUAUAUAGCUGAUAUUUUGAAAAGCUUAUCCUUCUGUGUUCACAAACAUUACAAAAUUGAAUUAUGUUCUCGUGUAGCCUUGUUCCUCAUUAGAGUUCAUCACUCCCAUGUUAUCAAUUCAGUUGAAAUGUUGACUGUUGUUGAAAAAUUGAGAAAAGAAAUGCCUGGAGGAAUAGCUGAUAUAAGAGAUAUGAUUGGCUUAAAUAUGGCCGCUCUGGAGCUGUUAAAGCUGGAGCUUGAAGAAGCACAAGAUUUGAAGUUGUUCAGCGACAUAAGCGAGAUUGAGAAAAAUACAAAGAGGAAGAAUAAGAACCGUAAAGCUGUUAUUAAAACGUUGGUCUAA